UCGGAUGAGAAUAAUUGAGGAAAGAAGUCUAAGUAGCUCUAAUAGACCUUGUCGUCAUAAUUGUGAUCUCAAGAGUAUUGGAGAUAAAUUUAAAAAUACAGAGUGUCCAAAAGCUAUUGACUGUCGAUAUGUAUCGAGUGGUUUCGAUAUUUGUCAUGAGAAAAACAGUUCAAGAAGAUAUGAAUGGAUUAAAGAUUACGAUGGUAACAUAUACGGUAAAAGUAUGAGUCUUAAAAAAAAUAAUAUAUGUCAAGGAAAAAUUACAAAAGUCAACAGUGAGUUUCUGUGGUACAACGGGUAUUAUUGUGAUUACUGUAUUUGUACAUGUGUGGAAAAACCCAAGCGUUCAGAUCAUAUUAUCACGGCGAUAAGCUUCCGGGAUCAAAUCUCAGAUAUUUAUAAUGAUCGGGUAGUCACGGGUAUAAGAUUUGUUAGAAAUGAUCGUUUGAUACACCUUCAAAUACAAGAAGGACUUUUGUUGCCAUAUGGUAAAAUUAGCACGACAAGAUGGCGGCCGCUUGAACGAUUUGAGUUCAAUGAAAUGGAGGGUAGAUAUUAUCUCGUUUCUGAAAGAGAAAGCGAGUUAGGUAGAACAGUAGAAUAUUUGCCAAUGAGACUGGGAAGUGACUACGGACAUGCGGAAACCGUUAACUUGGAUGACGUAAAGGCUCCAGACUAUCACGUGGUCACGGGAGUAAGAUGUAGAUUCACCUGGGACUCAAUUUGGUCACCAAAACGGAAACGUGGACCCAUUGAAAUGCAGAUACGAGUGACGAAGUUGGAUUUUGUCGAAGGCCGGCUACUUAAUCACAAUAAUUCUUGGUGGAUUACUCCAGAUUAUAAAACUUUGAGAGGUGAGUUGGUACUAGAGAACCCAGACGACCCGAGGAAUGCCCCGGAAGAAGGGGGAAGUGUGAUGACAGCCACGAGUGUGCGAUUCCGCGCUUCUGAUUGGAGGAAAGACGCUGGACAGUCGACGGUUCCCUUUUUUGAUGGAAGGGAUACGAGCUUUACACCCGCAGCUCCUCUCCAGGGCCUUGGACUCUUCCACCUUUGGCACAAAGGCUCCGGUGGCUAUUUAGCCUUCCGGAUAUUUGACUUCGACAUGUCUCCAUUGUUUAAUUCUCAAUUCGCUGACUCUAAUUCAUAAUGCAUCCAAAUUAAACCUUCUUUCCUUUUUAUGAAUCCCCAUGAAUUUCUAUAGAU